CAGAAUGGCAUUGCGAGCAGCCUGCCUGAUCGUGUGCCUUUUCAGUGUGGCCCAGAUAACAACCCAGCAGAACAUCAAAUUCAAGAAGAAGCCAGAGAAUAAGAAAGAUGUGGUCAGCCUCAAAAUGAUCGAAGAGCUGAAGGAGCAGCUAGGCAACAUCUCCCAGGAGGUGGCUCUUCUCAAAGAAAAACAAGCACUUCAGACAGUUUGUCUGAAAGGCACCAAGAUCAAUCUCAAGUGUUUCCUGCUUUUUCCCAACGCAAAGACCUACCACGAAGCCAGUGAAGACUGCAUUUCUCAAGGUGGCACCCUCAGUACCCCCCAGACCGGAGAUGAAAACGAUGCUCUCUAUGAGUACAUGAGGAAGAGCGUUGGGUCUGAAGUGGACAUCUGGCUAGGUGUUAAUGACAUGGCCGUUGAAGGAAGUUGGGUGGACAUGACAGGCAACAGCAUUGCCUACAAGAACUGGGAAACGGAGAUCACCACCCAGCCCGAUGGUGGGAAGCUGGAAAACUGUGCUGCCUUAUCAGGGGUUGCCAUUGGCAAGUGGUUUGACAAGAGGUGCCGAGAUAAGUUGCCAUACGUGUGUCAGUUCAUGAUUGUUUAAGAGGAAGGCUCGUGGUGGGGAAGAGAAGAUCAAAGCCUUCCAUUUAGCAUCUGGAACAGAAGUCCUCUGUG